ACGUGACGCCAACCGGUCAUGUGAACAAAAAUGAAAACAUUUUACACAAUUGAAACUAUUCCAUAACUAAAAAUAACUAUGGGUUGCUGUGGAAGCUGUUUCGGGGAUCAGGAUAAAGAAUUGCAGGAUGGUCAAGGCAGAGAGACGGACCCGUUGAUCAAUCCAGUGAAUGGACAAGGACCAACUCAUGCAUAUGGGGAGUCACGUCCUAUUACACAGGCUCCUCUGCCACAGACACGAGGGGAUGAGACCUCCGCGCUCUCCAAAAUUCUGCACGAUACCGCAAGUCACAUUAUAGAUGUAUCCUCUGCUGAAGGAAGGGGCAUUGAGCAGCAUGAAUUUCACGACAAAGCUAGACAAUAUAGCAAUAAAAUCAACAUGGUGUUGUCCAGUUCGGGAAGGACAGGCAAAUACAAAAGCACGCUACCAAACGGUGUCUCGGCUCCUCAGAUAGUGUUGGCUGCUCAGCCGAUCUCCUUAGCUGAUAUUGAUUUAAUCACAAAUGCUGCGGCCAAGGCAGCUCAAGUCAUGAGGGACGUUAAAGUUGAACACAAAGAGGACUUGGUGGUACCAUUCGGUGUGCCAUGAUUGGAUUCAGAAUAACCUUAGGUUGCAUAUUAACCAGUUUAUGAGUGAUUAUGUUAAUGCUUUCAACAAGUCCAUGGGAAAUAGUGUAUGACCAGAAGUCUCUAUAUGCUAUUUUACUGGCAAUUGUUUCUUUAUUCUUAAAGAGACACAAUUAUAUUAUUGAACUUGCCAUGAAGUUAACAAACAUUAACAGUGUCAGCAAUUUUGUUUGAAUAUUCAGUACAAUGUCAAUGGGUAUUUUUCUAAAUUGUUUAUUUGCAUCAUGGAUCUUAAAUUGCUGUUAACUUUUAUUUAUUAAAUAAAAUAACAAAUGCCAAGAGUGUGGAGUUGUAGAAACUAUUACUCCAGGUAAAUGGAAAAUGUUACAAUCAUAUUUGUAGUGUGAACACGUGUCAAAUUAACACAUCAGAAUAAUAGAUGCUUUUGUUUAUUUUAAUUUUCUAUAACAAAAUUAGUCUUUGAAAUGAAAUAUUACUUCUGUUUCAAGGUGAUACCUGGAUUCUUCAAGUUACAGUUUAUUGUCCUACAAUAUCUGAAACAAAUCAUUUAAAAUCGCUUAUUACACAAAUUGUUAUGUAUGUGUCAAAGCAAUGCUCAAUUAUUGUUUAGUUCUGACUUCAAAGCUUGAAAUAAAAAUAUUGAUAACACACAUUUUAACAAAAUUUGAAGAGUUUAGGUCAUGUUAAUGUCAAUGCAAUGUUAUGCAUGUUUAAGAGGCGCAUAAAAUGUACACAGCUUUUUAAUCAUAUACAUAUUUUAAUUGCAAACAAUCUCAGAAUGAAAUAGCUGUGUUCAUUUUCCAGUCUUCAUAUUUGAACAAAAUAGUGUUUACAUGUAUUAAUCAAUAACAAUAAUACACUGACAAUAAGUAAUUAUCAAAUAGACCCUUGUGAGCCUCAUAUAGACAUAUAACUUCUACUAUCUCGUUAACUUUUCAGAAUACCAGUGUUUUGUUUCAAUUAAGUACAUGUAUUUAAAAGGGCCUUUUCACAGAUUUUGGAAUGUAUUGAAGUUUGUCAUUAAAUGCUUUAUAUUGAAAUGUUAACAUUGGAUCUAAAAAGAACCAGUAAAAAAUUAAUAAUAAAAUUAUAAAAGAAAGAAAAAAAAGUAACCCUCAACAGGGCUUCAACCACUGACCUCUUGAGUCCUGGGGCCGUAAAAGACUACCAUAAAGACCACUCAGCAAACAAUGCUCAUAUGAUGACGGACGUAUUUUAUACUUUAUAUAAGCAAUCCUCGUAGUUUCACAAAAUAUAACAACAACAGAACUCUCCAAAUUAUUCAAUCGUUUCACUUUGCAACGUUUUUUUAUUUUCAGGUUUUUAAAUCGUCAAAAGAUGCAUAUAAUGGCUAUUUUAGAGCAUGUUUAAUGUUCAAUAUUACAAUUUCCUCACAAAUAUCAUAACUAAAACGAAAAUUUGCGAAUCUGAAACAACUUGAUGUAAUUUUGUUGAUUUACCAAAACAUAACACGGAAAUGUUCCGACAAUUCCUUAUGUCACAAAAUGUUGUUUGGUCAAAUCCAGUUUCAAAAAGUGGCAACUGAACUUUUAACGAUAUUUUUUAAAUGUAUUUUUUGCAUUAAGUCUGCACUUAGAAGUCUGAUACAUGAAAAUGUGAUGAAUAACAAUGUGGUUCAUAUUUAGUUAAUUUCACAUCAUAUGAUAUUGGAAAAAGUUAGUCUGAAUAUGUUCAUACACAUUUAUGUUUCUGUUGCACAAAAUGUCCUUUGCCAAGUUGUUCAUGAAUUUGUUUUGUUUUUAUUUAUUUGUCUUGUAACCACAGUCUAUGUUAUCAGGUCAUGUUGAAAUUAAACUUAAUUUGGAUUAUUUAUAUAUGGAAAUUGUGCUUAAUUCCUUUUUUCAUAUCACAAGCUCAUUGUUAAUUUACAGGUAACCAAGUCAAAAUUGGAUAUUAUAUCAUUAUUAACGAAUAUAAAUUCACUGUCAUAUUGUAUGUUAAUGCUGUGAAUGUACAAAAUACUCGUUCUGUUAUUGUACUGAAUGCAAAUGUAUUCCCUGCAUCUAAGUGCAGAUUAUGUCUCUGUGAUUGGGGAAAAGUGUUGAAGAGAUGCAGUAUUUUAUAUCAUAUUAUUUGUAUUCAUAGCACAGUGGUAAUAUGCUAUAUGUAUUUUGUAAUGUUUAGGUCAUGUUAUGUGUGGUUCUACUGAAUUUGUGUGUACAGAUAUAGGUAUAUUGAUGCAAUUAUGUGAUGUUAGUGUCCAUCAGAAAUGCUAGGGGCAUGCAUGAAAUGCAUUUAGAUUGUCAGCAAUUAUGGUGCGUUUUUGUGUUUAUAUGAAAUAUUUUAUUUUAUGUGUCAUUCACAAUUCUGUUGUUUCUUUAUAACCUGCUGUUCAGAUAUGCCGCAUUACAUUAUGCCCUCCAGAUUCGUUGGAGUUCUUUGAAAACAUUGUUUUAAUAGUGCUUGAUAGAAUCCUACAGGUCUGCCUGUGCUACUAAACUUACUGUAAAUAAGAAAUAAUAAUUAUAUGACCAUCAUGCAAAAUGGUUUUUAUGACAUAUGAAGCCAGAUUACCUCCAGACCAGCCUGCGCAGUGACACAUUCUGAUCAGGAGCUUAUCUGUUCAUCAAGGAGACCACAAAAUCUUGCCGGACUUAAUUGCUGACAGGGUGACUCUUGACCAGACAUGCUUGUCAGGAGCUAAGCUGGCCGCAUGUGCCAUUUUGUCCCAUUUUCGCAUGAAGCGGGUCAUAUGUCAAUUGUGAGCAAAAUAUUUUGUUAAAUAUUAGAUCCAAUAAUUGUUUAUAUGUUCAUUUUUUUUCUUAAAAUGAAUUUAAGAAAAAGAGGCAGUGGUUAAAAUUAAUUGAAUAAAUUGCUUUGUUUGUUGAGCAUGACAAAUGUUUACCGAUAUAUUUAUUGAUAUCUGCAUUAAAACAUAUUUACAUACA